CGACUGGCGAUGGCGCGCGUGGGCGGUUUUGGCUGUGUUCUGGGCGUUUUCUCGUCGAGUCAGACUGUGGUGCAGCCAACGGGCGUGAGAAGAUGGCGCUUGCCGCCAGUACCAGCACCCUGACGGACCAGCUCAUUGCCGCCGUGACGAAGAACCCAGACCAGAGUGCUCUGCGGUUUAGGAGCCUGAAACGCCGCGUCGAGGAGGCGCUGCGAGCGAAAACACAUGGUCGGACUGACCAGUUUGCCGUGGCCCGCCAACUCGAGGGUCUCAGGGAGAAAUUCCAGAUCUUGGACAGAGAUGACCUAGCAGACGCUCUCGGGCAGCGCUUGGAUGCGUUGGAGGAGCACCGCAGGUCGUGGACGCCGGAGAUUCUGUCUCUGCUUCUCCUCCUGUCGGAUCGGCCUGCUCAGUUGUCCAAGAAUAUCGGUGUAGAGAGCGGGCUGAAAUCUGCAAGAUCGAAGCCGGCGCUGACUUGGUCGGAUUUGGAUGCCGAAGGAACCGCCUACUGCGACGAUGAAAUCUGGGAGAACGUAGACUUUGCAGCAGACAGUUCCGACGACGAUUUCUCUACCGUGUCUAGUGAUGUGUCGAUUCCCAAGAUCUUGCCCGAGAGAUUCACAGUCCCAGAGGAAGACUACGUGAUACCAGAGGAGGUUUUCGCUGGCGGCGAAGAUGAAGACCUUCUCGCUUCUAUCAAGGACGCCCAGUUCUGGGCAGUAGAGAAUCGCUCUGCUGUUUCUCACCAAGCAGAUGACUAUUCUCGGCGAAUCACGGAACUGCAGAUGAUCAGAGAAAUCGUGUUCAUGCUACAAGGCCUUCCUACCUCUAUAUUUUGGCGCCUAGACGAGGGUGUUGAGGUUGACCGACGGUAUGCGUUGAUGAACGCUUCAAAGUCAGCCACAUCCUCACUUUUAAAAUCAUUUGGCUGGAUAGGAGCCCGGGUCGAUAGGCUAAGGCGGUUCAUAAAGGUACCGCAGUCUGUACCUUGUAUCCAGACCUUCCACCGAGGGGUUGAGGAUUGUCUUGGAGGAUUUGACUCGUUUCUGUCUAGCAUUCACGAGCGGUACUUGAGACAAACAAUGGUCACCCCGGUCAGCUUGUUACAACUGCUUGAAGAUGUCCGCAAUGAGUCGAGGCUGUUGCUAUUGCUCGCCGAACUUGUUUCGGAGCUCGAAGAGAAGGCGUAUGCCGAGCCCGUGAAAUGUCUUGACAAGUUGUAUGACUUGGUUUGUAUAAAACAAGCCACUUGUGAUGACGAUGAGUUUCGAUUCCUGGGAAAGCUGUUUUUUGCAUGCUUUGAGACCUACAUACGUCCGAUUCGCCUCUGGAUGGAGACGGGUCAACUGGAUUCUGUUGAAGGGACAUUCUUCAUACAAGAAGGCGACAAAAAUGAUGACCUCCACACUUUGUGGCAUGACUGGUACACGAUGGAUGAGAGCUCCAGGCUGUUAAAUAUUCCUCGUUUCAUUCAGCCCGUAGCCCCGAAGAUUUUUACAGCAGGCAAGAGCUUGGUGUUUCUCCGCCAUUUGAACAUACACCCUGAGAACUUGGGUCAACUUGGAAAGGCUUCUUUAACCUUUCAGGAUGUAUACCCUGAAGACGCCUCUUCUCUAGCUGCAUUUUGCCUCCCCUUCUCUGAACUUUUGGAGAGUGCUUUUGAAAAGCUAGUUGAUGCAAACUCCUCAAUCACAACGCGAAUUUUACGGGAAGAGCUGGAGAAGUGUGACCUUUGGAUAUCCCUCCAGGCCUUGGAGCUGAUCUACCUCGGCAAGGACAUGAGCGUCUCUAGCACGAUUGAUCACAAAAUCUUUGACUUGAUUGAUCGAGGCCGAGGCGCCUGGAAUGACCGCUUUCUCCUCACAGAAUUGGCGCAGACGGCAUUCAGUGUCAUCCCCUUCAUCGAUACCUCUCAACUGAUAGCCCGAUCUAGCAAGGGGUCUCAUCGAGAUCUAGACAAGAGUUACCGGUCUGUGGAGAUCCUUCAAGCCCUUUCGUUCGAUUAUGUCCUUCCUUGGCCAGUUGCCAACAUCGUAACCAAAGACGCCACCGCCGUGUAUCAACGUGUGGGCACAUUCCUGAUGCAAAUCCGCAGAGCGAAAUAUACCAUCACCAAGCAGCGUCUGCGAGGCGAUCACAAUACCACCGGAACAGAACCCCAGAGCGGUGUUGAGGACCGAGAUGAUGCUCUUGGUUACGCCCUUCGUCACAACCUACUAUGGUUCAUCAAUGUUCUGUACAGCUACAUGGCCGAUCUCGUCAUUUCCUCAACGAUGGACGCGAUGCUGAAGGCACUCGCCGCUGCCACUGACGUUGACACCAUGAUUGCUGAAUACGGGGUGUAUAUGCAUUCUCUCGAAGACCAAUGUCUGCUCUCCAAGGACCUAACACCUAUCUAUCGAGCGAUCAUCAACCUUUUAGACCUUUGCAUCUAUUUUGCAGAUGUCCAGGCCACCCAGCAUGGCGAGAACCAGUACGAUCAGUCAACUCCCGCUACCCGUCACCGGCACCGCCGUAGCCUCGGACGGAGUACGAACAAUACAUACGCCGGAGGGGACGAAAAUGGGGCCGGGGAAGACGACACUGAUUCGUCCGAGAGUGGGAGUGAUCUCGACGAGGGGAACACCACGAUGGUCUCAUUUAUAGAGUCGCCGUAUUUACAUCGCCUGAAGGAUCUCAAGCGGCAGUUUGACCAGCUCCUCGCAUUCAUUGUCGCGGGAUUAAAGGGCGUGGGCCGUGUCGAAGGCCAGUAUAGCUGGGAGAUGUUGGCGGAGAGAUUGGAAUGGAGGAAGGAAAGUCGGAUGCGGUAA